CAGUUUUAUUUUUCUUUUUUAGAAAACAAAAUCACGGCAUCCACCAUUGUACGACAUGGCUACGCUUCACCACCAUCGGCCCAUUUCACUUUCCGUUCUCCCUCCUCUCUCCCGGCUGAGACCUUCUUCGCCUAUCCCCGCAACGCUGUUCUCGCGCCCACCGCUCUCCGGACUGCCGUGUGCUCCGAUAUCUGCUCGGGCCAUCCGCGAUAAGCGCAUCCUUGGACCCGUCCGUGGAUGCGCGACCUCAGAUUCCGCGAUUUCCCCCGGACCUCCACCCUCGUCGAGGAUCUUUAUCAAAGGAUUAUCUCGUUCAACAUCUGAGGGAUUCUUGGCAAAGACCUUUUCAUCCUUUGGAGAAGUCAAGAAAAUAAAGAUAAUUACAAGCAAAAGUUCGAAACAGUCUCUGGGACUUGCAUAUAUAUGGUUUGCCCGUGAACAAGAUGCACUAACGGCGGUAAAGGAGAUGAAUGGAAAGUUUCUUGAUGGCAGGUUUGUUGCUGUCACAAUUGCAGAAGCUGAAUCUCCUUCUAAACAGUCAUGAUUGACUGGGCAUCCAUGGACAUGUCUAUUUUCCAAUUUUUCAAUCCAAAUAUUUCCUCAGAGAAAGGUGGACAGGGAUACAACUUCAAUGGUGGCAUAGCGUCACUAAUCAGUUUCACCUUGUGUCCCACAAUCUUAUCCUGGUCACAUCAGAAAAAUUGCAGAAUACUGGACCACUAGAUCAAACAGGGAUGCUGAUGCAGCUGAUUGGCCUCUUAUCUGGGGUGGUUUCUUCUCGUGCAAAUCUAAGGUGAAGUCUGUGUUGUUAAUUGCACACAUAUAAAUGCAUACAUGAUCAAACUUCUUGAUUUUUUGGCUGUGGGUUUUCAUUUCAGAUGUAGUGUUUAUGGAUUUAAACUUCUUGAUUUUUAGUUUACUGAUGCUCAAACUUUGGACAAGACCUUAUCAGAGAAUUUAGUAUUAGAAGUCCAAGUCACUCAGCAUAACUGGUUCCCUGGUGGAUCUUUCUAAAAGACCCCUGGGGUUUCCAUGUUUUAUUGUUUUGGAGUUUUAAGAACUGGUUUGGCUGCUAUAACAUCAGUCCUGCAAUUAUUCAGUUCUUGAGAAAGCAGCCUGAGCUUCUUGCCUUGGAACUUUUGCACCUUCUUCCUGGCAGUAGAGUUGACCUCAUGAACAUAAACCCAUGUUCUGAAGUUAAACCUGAUUAAAGUGAGGUUAAUCAAGUUAAGAUAAUGCAAAGUUGAUGCACAGGUAAGAUUUCAAAUAUGCUUGGCACUGGUUUAAACAGGUAUCUGAUAUCAGUCACUAAGAGACUUAGUUUCUAAGCAAUAAGAAGUGAGUCCUGACACACUUGCAACUGUAUAUAUAAAUAUUAAAUAGCUAAAUAUUUUAGUGGUUAAUGUGUCUCAACUUGAAGUUUCUACGAGAGUGUUUUAUCAUAUGGUGCUCCUAUAUUUAGAACAUAAGAUUUAAUGAGGUAAUCAAAUCUUCUGUCUUUAUUAAGAAUGAAGAUGAGACACAAGUUUAUUUAAUUUGGUUUUAGGUGUAUAAUUCUUUGGUUACAAAUACUUUUUGUAGUUUUGAUAUGUGAUGUACAAUCUAUUUUUCUAAUAUAUUGCCUUAUAUGAACACUAAUUAUCAUGUUUUCUUGAUAAUGUGUAUAUUUAUUCAUUCAGUCAUGAUUGACUGGGCAUCCAUGGACAUGUCUAUUUUCCAAUUUUUCAAUCCAAAUAUUUCCUCAGAGAAAGGUGGACAGGGAUACAACUUCAAUGGUGGCAUAGCGUCACUAAUCAGUUUCACCUUGUGUCCCACAAUCUUAUCCUGGUCACAUCAGAAAAAUUGCAGAAUACUGGACCACUAGAUCAAACAGGGAUGCUGAUGCAGCUGAUUGGCCUCUUAUCUGGGGUGGUUUCUUCUCGUGCAAAUCUAAGGUGAAGUCUGUGUUGUUAAUUGCACACAUAUAAAUGCAUACAUGAUCAAACUUCUUGAUUUUUUGGCUGUGGGUUUUCAUUUCAGAUGUAGUGUUUAUGGAUUUAAACUUCUUGAUUUUUAGUUUACUGAUGCUCAAACUUUGGACAAGACCUUAUCAGAGAAUUUAGUAUUAGAAGUCCAAGUCACUCAGCAUAACUGGUUCCCUGGUGGAUCUUUCUAAAAGACCCCUGGGGUUUCCAUGUUUUAUUGUUUUGGAGUUUUAAGAACUGGUUUGGCUGCUAUAACAUCAGUCCUGCAAUUAUUCAGUUCUUGAGAAAGCAGCCUGAGCUUCUUGCCUUGGAACUUUUGCACCUUCUUCCUGGCAGUAGAGUUGACCUCAUGAACAUAAACCCAUGUUCUGAAGUUAAACCUGAUUAAAGUGAGGUUAAUCAAGUUAAGAUAAUGCAAAGUUGAUGCACAGGUAAGAUUUCAAAUAUGCUUGGCACUGGUUUAAACAGGUAUCUGAUAUCAGUCACUAAGAGACUUAGUUUCUAAGCAAUAAGAAGUGAGUCCUAACACACUUGCAACUGUAUAUAUAAAUAUUAAAUAGCUAAAUAUUUUAGUGGUUAAUGUGUCUCAACUUGAAGUUUCUACGAGAGUGUUUUAUCAUAUGGUGCUCCUAUAUUUAGAACAUAAGAUUUAAUGAGGUAAUCAAAUCUUCUGUCUUUAUUAAGAAUGAAGAUGAGACACAAGUUUAUUUAAUUUGGUUUUAGGUGUAUAAUUCUUUGGUUACAAAUACUUUUUGUAGUUUUGAUAUGUGAUGUACAAUCUAUUUUUCUAAUAUAUUGCCUUAUAUGAACACUAAUUAUCAUGUUUUCUUGAUAAUGUGUAUAUUUAUUCAUUCAGUCAUGAUUGACUGGGCAUCCAUGGACAUGUCUAUUUUCCAAUUUUUCAAUCCAAAUAUUUCCUCAGAGAAAGGUGGACAGGGAUACAACUUCAAUGGUGGCAUAGCGUCACUAAUCAGUUUCACCUUGUGUCCCACAAUCUUAUCCUGGUCACAUCAGAAAAAUUGCAGAAUACUGGACCACUAGAUCAAACAGGGAUGCUGAUGCAGCUGAUUGGCCUCUUAUCUGGGGUGGUUUCUUCUCGUGCAAAUCUAAGGUGAAGUCUGUGUUGUUAAUUGCACACAUAUAAAUGCAUACAUGAUCAAACUUCUUGAUUUUUUGGCUGUGGGUUUUCAUUUCAGAUGUAGUGUUUAUGGAUUUAAACUUCUUGAUUUUUAGUUUACUGAUGCUCAAACUUUGGACAAGACCUUAUCAGAGAAUUUAGUAUUAGAAGUCCAAGUCACUCAGCAUAACUGGUUCCCUGGUGGAUCUUUCUAAAAGACCCCUGGGGUUUCCAUGUUUUAUUGUUUUGGAGUUUUAAGAACUGGUUUGGCUGCUAUAACAUCAGUCCUGCAAUUAUUCAGUUCUUGAGAAAGCAGCCUGAGCUUCUUGCCUUGGAACUUUUGCACCUUCUUCCUGGCAGUAGAGUUGACCUCAUGAACAUAAACCCAUGUUCUGAAGUUAAACCUGAUUAAAGUGAGGUUAAUCAAGUUAAGAUAAUGCAAAGUUGAUGCACAGGUAAGAUUUCAAAUAUGCUUGGCACUGGUUUAAACAGGUAUCUGAUAUCAGUCACUAAGAGACUUAGUUUCUAAGCAAUAAGAAGUGAGUCCUGACACACUUGCAACUGUAUAUAUAAAUAUUAAAUAGCUAAAUAUUUUAGUGGUUAAUGUGUCUCAACUUGAAGUUUCUACGAGAGUGUUUUAUCAUAUGGUGCUCCUAUAUUUAGAACAUAAGAUUUAAUGAGGUAAUCAAAUCUUCUGUCUUUAUUAAGAAUGAAGAUGAGACACAAGUUUAUUUAAUUUGGUUUUAGGUGUAUAAUUCUUUGGUUACAAAUACCUUUCGUAGUUUUGAUAUGUGAUGUACAAUCUAUUUUUCUAAUAUAUUGCCUUAUAUGAACACUAAUUAUCAUGUUUUCUUGAUAAUGUGUAUAUUUAUUCAUUCAGUCAUGAUUGACUGGGCAUCCAUGGACAUGUCUAUUUUCCAAUUUUUCAAUCCAAAUAUUUCCUCAGAGAAAGGUGGACAGGGAUACAACUUCAAUGGUGGCAUAGCGUCACUAAUCAGUUUCACCUUGUGUCCCACAAUCUUAUCCUGGUCACAUCAGAAAAAUUGCAGAAUACUGGACCACUAGAUCAAACAGGGAUGCUGAUGCAGCUGAUUGGCCUCUUAUCUGGGGUGGUUUCUUCUCGUGCAAAUCUAAGGUGAAGUCUGUGUUGUUAAUUGCACACAUAUAAAUGCAUACAUGAUCAAACUUCUUGAUUUUUUGGCUGUGGGUUUUCAUUUCAGAUGUAGUGUUUAUGGAUUUAAACUUCUUGAUUUUUAGUUUACUGAUGCUCAAACUUUGGACAAGACCUUAUCAGAGAAUUUAGUAUUAGAA